UUUUUUAAAGUUUUUAGGCUUAAUGGACGAAUACACGGUUAAUGAAUUAUACAAAGUCAGAACAUCGCCUAAUGCUCAUAAAAUUUUCAAAAUUCUGGAUGACAGAAAAAGUGAUUAUCGACACUCUUUUAAAAAGUAUACGAAAAGUGUGCAGGAUUAUAUAGUUAAAAAUCGACAGCCAGAUCAUGAGAGAAAGACUCGAAUUGAUGUUUGGAAACUUUUAAGGAAAACUAUUGAACCGGGAAGCUAUUUAGCAAUGGGAGGAUCUACCUUAACUAAUUUAGCUACUAAAGGGGCAGAUUUGGAUCUCUGUUUUGCUGUCAGAUGUGAAGACGGGAGUUACACUGAAGAAGGUGUCAACAAUUUUGUUUUGAGCAAAAUUCAUAGAAUACUUGAACAAAAACCUUUUAUUACUGGAUUAAGGCAUAUCUGCGCUCGGGUCCCAAUUGUAACAGUCGAAUUAGCCUUUCCUUAUAUGGAUGUUAAAGUUGAUAUAAAUUGUAAUUGUGUAGCUGGGAUUUUUAAUACACAUUUACUUGCACAUCUUUCGAGACUGGAUAACCGUUUUGUGCAGAUGAAUAUGAUUCUCAAAAAAUGGGCAAAAGUUAAUCAUGUGGUUGAUCCAAGGAGAAAAUUUAAUAGUUAUACAGUCAGUUUAAUGAUUAUUCAUUUUUUGCAAUGUGGUGUUUAUCCUCCAAUUUUGCCCAAUUUAUUCAAAAUGUUUCCUAAACAUUUUGAUGGAACUGGAAAUGUGGAAGAUUUGGAUUAUGCUAUGGAACUUGACUUGCCUAAAAUACCAAAAAAUGAACGAACUAUUGGAGAAUUAAUUUAUGGAUUUUUUGAUUAUUAUACACGUUUUAAUUAUGAUGAAUGGGGAAUUUCGAUUAAAGAAGGGAAAAUAUUUGAUAGAAGUAUUUUGCCUGAUACAGAAAGAGAAUAUAUGUUUUUUAUUGAAGAGGCUUAUGAUGGAAUGACAGUCCCAAAAAAUUUAAAAAGGCAAAGUAAUUUAAUGGAAAUUGUUGGAGAAUUUAAACAGGCAAGAUUAUCAAUUUUGAAGGAUAUUUGUGAAAAUUAUCCUCCACCAAUUGACGAAACUGAAGAUUAUAGAGAUGAAUUUGAGGAGGAAAAUAAUAAUAAGAUUUUAAAGAGGAAUAAUAAUGAAAUAAACAAUUUGGCUGAUAAUUGGUAGAGGAUUUGUGAUGAACUUGAAAAAAGGAAGAAGAGUAUAUUUUUUUAUUAAAUAAAUUUUUUGAGGGUAUUU